AUGGCAAACCAACCUGUUUUCGGCCCGUUUGAGCCAGCCGCCGAAACUUGGGACGAUUUCAUUGAGCGCUUUGAGUGUUACCUACAGGCUAAUGAUUACACGGAAAUGUCCAAGGUGAGGAAGAAGGGGUAUUUUCUCAGUUUUUGUGGUCGCGAAAUGUUCAAGACAGCCAAAGCUUUGGUGGCCCCUCAGCAGCUUCGAGAUGUCCCUUGGGAGGUCCUGCUGGACAAGUUGACAAACCACUACGCCCCUGCACCCUCACGGAUUGCCAGAAGGCAUGUUUUCCGCCGCCGUUUUCAGCGGGACGGAGAAUCUAUAGCUGAUUUCAUAGCCUCCCUCAGGUCAGCAGCCUCACAAUGUGACUUUAGUGACCUAGAUGAUGCCUUGCUAGAGCAACUGGUGAACGGGGUUCGCGACAUGAGGCUGCAAAGGCGGUUAUUGGCUCGCAGAGAACUGACCCUAACAUCGGCUAUCGAUGAAGCCCAAGCAAGCGAAAUGUCGGAAAAAUCAGCGUCGGAACUACAAAGCUUCAAUACUUCCCGGGGACCCCCAUCUGCGGAGUCCACUGUCCACCAAGCAGAAUCUGAGGGCACCGAAUCAUCGGAUGACAGCAACAGCGUGAGUCGCCUCAGAGCCGCGCAAAAGAAGAAACGGGCCCCUACGGCCCAUCCGUUCACCCUCAAGUGCGCGGGUUGCGGUGAGAAACAUGACAGGGCAACCUGUCGCUUCAAGACCACAAUCUGCCUGAGGUGCGGAAAAAGGGGUCACUUGGCAAAAGUUUGCCGGGCCACGCUGCCUACUAGCGACGCAUGGGGGGAACCGACAAGAAGCAGGAAACCCUUUAAUAAACCCUUCGCUCGGCGAACCGAAUGCCAUGAAGUUAACCAUGCCACCGCGACAAAAGCCUCCAACAAGCUCUACCUCACAGUAAAUCUGGAAGGGGUUCCCUGCAAAUUUGAGGUUGACACGGGGUCUUCUAAAUCUCUAAUUUCCUGGGCUGCGCUAAAACAAGUGAUACCAAAAUUGUCUAAAAGUCACCUCAAGCAGUGCGAUGUUAGCCUAAGGGACUACCAAGGCCACCCCAUUCCGAUUGAGGGAUGCGACCUUUUCAACGUCAGCCAUGGCCGAUUUUCGGGGCGUCUUCCCCUAGUUGUGGUGAAGGGCAACCUGCCCAGCCUACUUGGCCUUGAUUGGUUUGAGGCAUUCGGCCUCAAUGUCUUAGGGAUCCAUUCUACCACAGCUGGUCCGUUUGAGGAUGUUCUACAAGAAUUUUCCGACGUGUUUGACGGCAAAUUAGGUGAAUAUAAGGGGAAGCCUGUGUCUUUUCAUUUAGACCCCCAAAUUGCCCCUAUCCGGUUAAAAGCUCGGAGGGUGCCGUUCGCACUGAGGCAGAAGGUGGAUUUAGAGAUUGAUAGGCUUAUCGCGCAGGGAGUUCUAGAGCAGGUGGAGCAUUCCCCUUGGGAAACCCCUAUUGUGGUUCCUAUUAAGCAGGACGGAUCCAUAAGGAUCUGCGCUGAUUACAAGGGAACCAUCAAUAGGGCCUUACAGGCCAACCCGUACCCGGUCCCUGUGGUGCAGCACCUGUUGCACUCACUGGGACAGGGAACCCUAUUUGCCAAGCUUGACUUGGCACAGGCAUACCAGCAGUUGCCAGUCGACGAAGCGACGGCAAUGGCACAGACUAUAGUUACACACCGGGGGGCUUUUAAGUGCAAAAGGCUUCAAUUUGGCGUUAGCGUGGCCCCCGGGUUGUUCCAGAGUCUCAUGGAGCGAUUGCUCCAUGGACUCGAGGGUGUCGUUCCCUACUUUGACGACAUCCUAAUUUCCGCCAUUAAUCACGCUGACCUGCGCGCGAAGUUGAGCGACCAUAAGCCCCUUUUGGGUUUGCUGGCCGGGGACCGUCAAACUCCACCCAUAUUGUCGCCGCGCAUGUCUAGAUGGACAGAGUUUUUGGCGGCGUAUAAUUACCGUUUAGCAUACCGUCCCGGCAGGGCGCUCGGGCAUGCAGAUGCCCUCAGCCGCUGCCCGCUGCCCACGGCCGCAGUAGACCCAGCCCCCGCCUCCACAGUAUUGCUCAUCGACGAGUGGCAAGGGCCGGUCUCGGCCUCGGACAUCGCCAGACUUACAGCCAAGGACCCGACCUUAUCUCGGGUCCUCGACUGGGUAAGAAGGGGCUGGCCAGCUGUGGCCACCUCUCCUGAAUUCCUACCCUUCCAGCGCAGGCAGCAUGAACUGUCUGUGCUGAAAGGAUGCCUAUUGUGGGGCACCAGGGUAGUGGUGCCCGCGGCGGUUAGGGCACCGGUAUUAGAUAGCCUUCACAACGCCCACCCCGGCAUUGUACGAAUGAAGGCUCUGGGCCGCAGCUAUGUGUGGUGGCCUAAAUUAGACCACGACAUAGAGCUGUGGGUAUCCAGAUGCCAGCGCUGCCAAUUGUCCAGACCUGACCCCCCGGCGGCCACUGUUAGGGAAUGGGAAGUCCCCCGGGCGCCUUGGUCCAGAAUCCAUUUGGAUUUUGCUGGACCAUAUAUGGGUCAAAACUUCUUAGUUAUAGUCGACGCCUAUUCCCGAUGGGUGGAAGUCACACUCAUGCCAUCCACCACUGCGGAGGCUACCAUCAGGGUCUUGGAAAAACUCUUUGCUACCCAUGGGUUGCCCGACGUAGUGGUAUCGGAUAACGGCCCUCAGUUCGCAGCGGCACCUUUCCAGAUCUUUUUAGCCAAGCAUGGCAUCCGGCAUGCGCCCACGGCGCCGUUCCACCCGGCGGCUAACGGCCGGGCUGAACGGGCAGUAAGGUCAGUCAAGGAAACGUUGGGCCGUUUGCGGCGGAUCAGAACAGCCCUUGAUCGAUUGCACCCUGUCUAUUGCCCCGACCAACGUCCUGACUGGGGGGGUGACACUAGGACCUUCAAAGCAGGGGAUCCAGUUUUUGCAAGGAACUAUGGGUCGCCGCUCAAAUGGGCGGCCGGCCACAUAAUAAGUAUAACGGGACCCUGUUCUUACAGGGUCAGAUUGGUCGACGGACGAGAGUGGCGACGCCACAUAAAUCAACUCCGGGGGCGAAUGACACUACCCCAGGUGGAGGAACAACAACAUCCUUCACCUCAUCGGAAUGACUACCAGGCCCCCAGACCACGACUACCAGAGCCGUUCGACGGCCAGGCCCCCGUACCCCCCCCAACCCGUAAGGAGGGACACCAACCCUCAGAACCGGAAGCGUUCUCGUCGGAAAACUUACCGGAGGAACCGGGUUCCAGGUCGUCGACGAAGCCAGCGUCAGCAGCCCCAGUUAGGCCCGGCAUGGCCUUCACAACUCCUCCUCUGCCAAGCGCCGCCCCGGAAUUAAGGAGGUCUGGGCGGAGCCGCCGUCGGCCGGCCUAUCUGGCUGAUUACGCAUGUGCUAACUGGGAAGGGAGGGGUGUAGAAUCCUGGGAGCGCACGUCGCCGGCUAGAGCCUUGCCAACAGCAAGCGGCUGCUGA